ACGCUUGUCCCUUUGAUCUCUGCAUCCAUGUUGGAUCAUGAAACUGGUGUGUUGCACUCACCUUCAGUGCGCGCUCCACUAUGGACCGCAAAAGGGAUGACUGGCAGAGGACAAGAGAAAGGAAGACCUACGUGCCACAGAAUGACGGAUGACAGGAGUACUAUGCUGCACAUCCUCGAGGAGCCUCAGAUGCGACGAGAAGGGGAGAGGAUUCGAACUUUUCAGAAUUGGCCAGCAGAUGCACCUGUCACAUCUGGAGACCUGGCCAAGGCGGGCUUCUUCUUUCUAGGCCCCGGGGAUAAAGUCCAAUGUUUCUGCUGUGGAGGGAUUUUAAGAUGUUGGGUGCACGGGGACAGCCCAGCCAUCGAGCACAAGAGGCAUUUCCCCACUUGCGGUUUCAUACUGGGCCGAGCUGUGGGAAAUAUUCCACUCCAAGUUGGAUCCUCCGACUCUGUGGACGGCCAGCUGUUGAGUCAACUCCAGAGAAUGACUAUGGAUGACCAGGGCACAGCUGGACAAGCGGUCUACCCAGAGAUGGAGGCGGAGGAUUCCCGGCUCACCACUUUCCACAACUGGCCUACAGAGGCCUCAGUCCAGCCAGAUGUUCUCUCCAGAGCGGGAUUUUUCUACACAGGUCACGGUGACAAUGUCAAAUGCUUCUACUGUGAUGGAGGGCUGAGGAACUGGGAGCCAGGAGACGACCCCUGGCAGGAGCACGCCAAGUGGUUUCCACGAUGUGAGUUUUUGAUCCAGUCAAGAGGGCAGGAGUAUAUCAGCAACAUUCAGGAUGCUCAUUUCCAUCUGGGUGAGACUAUGGGUGGAUCACAGACCUCCACAGGCAGAGAUAUCGGAUCCAGAAAUGAUAUGGUGGGAGGUCUGGGAGCUUCCUCUGUGAUGCUUUCUCCCGUGGUGCAGACCGUGCUGCAGAUGGGCUUUGAAGCCAGCCUGGUGGAGAGUCUUGUCCAGACCAAGUACCUUUUGACAGGCCAGCACUACACUUCUGUAUCCGACCUGGUCACUGAUGUACUACAGGCGGAGCAGGAGGACAGACAGAGGGGGCCACAGAGCAGAGAGCCAGAGAUGAGGCAGGGCUCCAGUGCUGGAAAUGUGAGGACACAAACACCAGUCAGAGAGAAAGUGAAGGAUCCCAGCCCAGAGGAGCUGCUGAGGCAGCUGCAAGAGGAGAGGACCUGUAAGGUGUGCAUGGACAAACUGGUGUCCAUCGUCUUCAUCCCCUGUGGUCAUCUGGUGGUGUGUGGCGAUUGCGCUGCCAGCCUGCGUCACUGCCCCAUUUGCAGAGCCGUCAUUAGAGGCAGUGUUCGCGCUUUCAUGUCCUAAGGCUGAAGUGAGAAGGCGCUGCUACACAGGUGGUGCAUGAGUGACCUUGGGUUUCCUCGAUACUCAUUUUCCCCUGUACUGAUAAAAAAAUAGAUGAUUGCUGGUGGCUUGAUUUGUCAGAGUUUACCGCUCAUUUCCUAUAAUAAACAUUUUAAGCUUUUCAA